GUUCGACCCGACGUUCGAACAUGCUCGUCUACGCUCUGAGAAGUGCGCUCCGUCACAGAUUUGGAGAAGUUUAUAUUGCUGCACAAAAAACUUUUGCGGGCGAUUGCCACUAUCGUAGUGAUCAGAUAACUGUCAAUCGUAGCGCCGAUUUUCAAAAAAAAUAUGUUUAUCAUGUUCAAAACGGAUACGGUUCUAGUCAAACAUGGCAAUUUAUCGCGACACCACCGCUACGUUUGGGAGGAAUCUUGGCAUUUCUUGGCUUAGAAUCGAAGGACAAAGAUGAGGAAGAUUCAGUUGUUACCACGAUCAAACGUGGGAUUCUUGCUUUUCAGCGUAAGGACUACAAGAAAGCUGAGCGUAUGCUUCAUUUGGCGCUGAAAAUGAGUCAGGAACGAAUGGAUACUCAGGCGGAAACGUAUUGUUUCGAUCUUCUGGCUGACAUAGCUCUGGCGCACGGUGAUCUCGACAAGGCUGAAAAACUUUAUGUUGAGGUUAUGCGACGGUUGAUCAUAUCGGGAACAGCUAAAGACGAUAACGCCAUUAUUGAGAUUUCAGCUAAGCUUGCUAAUGUCUUUAGCAAACGCCAUGAUGAUAAAAAAGCGGAACAAGGUUACCAGUUUUGCAUCGAUACGCAGGAAAAGAAAUUAGGCGAGCUUAUUAAAAACUUCAAUAACGUGUCGUUUACCCCUGAAGAAAAGAAUUCGGUUGCCCUCUGGGGCAUGUGCAUGGACUGGUACUCAAAACACCUCAUCUCUCGAGGAAAAUAUGCAUAUGCACGAAGUUUACUUUCGCAGUCCCUUGAGGUUUCACGAAAGAUAUUCGGCGAGAGUCACGAACAGACCCUAGUGGUUAAGAAUGAUCUUGCUCUUGUUAAUACCAUGCUCAAGGACUACAAAGAGAGCAUUCGAAUUCUUGAAGAAAUUAUCGGUCUUGACAGCGUAGAGCAAUCCGAAGAUUUGCCAGCGUUUUUAUGUAAUUUGGGAGAAAACUAUAUAAAAAAUGGAGAUUUCGACAAAGCGCAAGAGUGCUGUGAGCGUGCCAAGGAACUUGCGAAGAAACAGAACAAUGAGAUGGCAAUUGAGGUAGCUGAGUCCUGUCUGGGAGAGAUACAGCAGAAACGCAAAGAGUCCUCCAGAGACAAAAAUGCGACUAGCAAUGGUCGGAAGUAAAAACAUAUAAUGACAACGACAACUGCAGGCUGUGAAGCUAAAUGUUAGCCACAGUCGAGUUCUAGGUUAAAUUUGAUGGCCUAAGGUAAAACGGUAAUGAUUUUGAAAGCUUAUUGAGUAAAAGAUAUAUAUACUAUAAAUGUUACAGUCGGUACUCUAAGUACAUUAAGCAAUGAAUUGGCGUUUUAUUUUCAAUUUCUAGUAUGAAUAUACUUUUUCAAAACAUUAUACCUCGUAUUUCUAGAGCUAUAAUUAAUUAAAGCUUUCAUGAAGAAAAUUAAAAGCUCUAGAUUCUGCUUCAGUUUUAUACAUGUUUUAUGAGCUUGUAAGAUCCACCGUGUUAGUGGAUUUCUGUAAACGGACAACAAUGAGAAUUUCUAAAUAAAUAUUUUUUUCUUUUUA